AUGCAUACUGCAUUAUCUUGUGCAGACAUUCUCGAGCUCUCCCCUGGCUGCGUUCAUAUCCCGGAAGAGGAGCACAAACUCCUGCAAGCGUUUGAAAAGGGCAUCCGCUGGCUGUUUGCGAUGUCCCAGUUCAAUCUGCCUUCGCGACGUGUGUGGGAAUUAUGCCAUGAUGGUCUUCAGCUCAUAGCACUCGGUAUGGACUGUGAUCUCAGUGACAUGCCUCCGUUUGACGACGACUUCGAAUCCCAUGAGCCUCUCAUACCGAAAAAGCUACGACAAACCAUUACACAUGCCUCCGGCGCACAUCGCAACUGCUGCAGCGCCGAUUGCUGCGUCUGCGCCAUUCCAGGAGCCAGUGAAUACACGGAAUCCACCGUGGAUCUGGUGGCUAUGAUGCACGCUUACCUGACUGAGGUCAACGCUUAUUUCCUGUACGAUCCGAUCAGUGGAGAACUUAACUUGUCAUUCUUCCCACCCGCUACCGAUGAAGAGUUGUGGGAUCAGGGGUAA